GUCAGGUUGCGGCCCCGCGGGGGUCACGCGCCCCGUGCCCUUGGGCGGAGCCGCCAGCGGACGGGGAGAGGACGCGGGCGGACAUGAGGGGCCUGACGAUCUCCCGCUCUGGAGCCCUGCUUCGGGCCUUCAGCUCCAGCGCCCGACGCUCCUUCGAGAACCACGUCCCUGAGAAGCAGAAACUCUUCCAGCAAGACAACGGCCUCCCCGUGCACUUGAAGGGGGGAGCCCGGGAUGCCCUGCUCUAUCGCCUGACCAUGGUGCUCAGCUUGGGGGGCACCUGCUACUCCCUGUACUGCCUGGCCUGGGCCUCCUUCCCCCACAAGAAGGAGUGAUGCUGGCCAGAGGUGACCUGAGCCGCCCGAAAGGGAAGGGUGUGAACAGGGCCGAGGUCUUCCUUCCUGGGCCCGGGGAGGGGAUGCUGCCAAUAAACCCCCCUGUGGGGGCCUGACAUGUG